AGUCAAAUAAGGAAAUGACGUGAGGCGUGCAGUAUUUCUGAUUUGGGAAGCCAGGGGAGCUGGAAAAGCUUUCAUGGGGCAGUUCUGCUACAGUUGUUCAGUUGUGACAUGACCGAUAGAAAGAAACGACAGUCAGCGAGAGCACGAAAGCAAAGAUGAGGAUGGUUGUGCCCAAGGUUUUCUCACAUACAACAACAUACAGAAUUUUUUCCUCCUGGCCACAUUCACCUUUCUCAUUUGGGGGCAUGAAUGAAUGAUUUUAUGAAAAUAUGACCUAAAACAGGAGUUGCACAAAGAUGGAAGACUGUUUGAUAGAAGACCAGACAACCUUUUACUCAAAGGCAGAACACUAUUGGAAGGAAGUUCCACCUACUGUGGAUGGAAUGCUGGGGGGUUAUGGCAGCAUUUCUAGCAUCGACAUUAAUGGCUCCAAAAAGUUUCUUCAAAAAUUCCUUGGGGAAGGCCAGGGUAAGACUGGGACAGGCUGUGCUCUGGACUGUGGUGCAGGAAUCGGCCGUAUCACCAAACGCCUGCUGCUGCCCCUCUUCCGUACAGUGGACCUAGUGGACGUGACACAGGAGUUUCUGGAUAAAGCUCGUAACUACCUGGGUGAGGAGGCCAAGCGAGUGGAGAACUACUUCUGCUGUGGUCUACAAGACUUUCAGCCCCAGCCAGAACGCUACGAUGUCAUAUGGAUCCAGUGGGUGAUUGGUCACUUGACCGAUGACCACCUGGUGGAAUUCCUGAGGCGUUGUCGGAGCGGUCUGCGUCCAGAUGGCCUGAUUGUGGUGAAGGAUAAUGUUUCAUUUGAAGGUGUAAUACCUGAUGAUGUAGACAGCAGCGUGUGUCGGGACCUGAAUGUAUUACGUCACCUAGUAUCCCGGGCUGGACUCAACAUCAUCUGUGAGGAGCAGCAGCAGAACUUCCCUGAGGAAAUCUAUCAGGUCCACACUCUAGCACUCAGAUAGCUGUGAGCACUAAACGAGGGGUUUUUUAUGUUUGUUCGGAAGCCAAUAAUGUGAGAAGUUAAGAUAAAUGCUAGCUACACAAGAAGCUACGUGUUACUGCCAAUGUUAUCACCAUUUUUUUAAACAAAAAAGGCACAAGACUUGAAGGUGACCUUGGGAUUUUAAGCAGGGGAGUUUUACUUGACCUCUAGAGUUUGUAAUAUAAACAGCUAGGGUUCAUCAAGUGGCAAAUGGUAGCUUUUCAGAUAUCCAAACAGUUAUACACUCCAGUUGAUCCACAGUUUGAAGUGUGGAAGGCAGAAACAAUCAAGAAAAAAUGUAAACCACGCACACUGCUUUGUGUUUAGCAAUAGGUGUGCUGAAGACUUGAAGGAACAGUUGACCCAAAAAUGAAAAUGGUCAUGUUUUCACCCUCAUGUUGUUCCAAACCUGUAUGACUUAUUUUCUUCUAGUGGACAAAAGAUGGUAUUUUGAAAAAUGUCUGAGUCAUACAGGUUUCCACAGUCGUACAGGUUUGGAAUGACAUGAUAGUGAGUAUUUGAUGACAGAAUUGUUUUUUUUGGGGGUGAACUUUCCUAUUUAAUCAGAGUUCAACGUGUGUCUAUGGCACUGAAUGGUGUGUGUAAAACAUUUUAAUAACUUAUAUGGCAAUUUGAAUCUAUACUAGUUAAUGUUACAUGUGUGAAUUUACAGCUGUUGACAGAAAACUCUAUGAACCAUAUGCUGUAUUUUGCCUUGAAUAAACGAAUAUUUUGGAGCA